AUGGAGAAUGGCACAGGGGACGAGCAGAACCAAACUGGGCUGCCACUAUCAAGCCAGGAGAUCAUUACAGCUGAAUACCAAGUGGUUACUAUUCUGUUGGUCCUCCUCAUCUGUGGACUGGGCAUCGUGGGCAACAUUAUGGUGGUUUUGGUGGUCCUCAGAACCAAGCACAUGAGAACUCCCACUAACUGCUAUCUGGUGAGUCUGGCUGUGGCAGAUCUCAUGGUGCUUGUGGCUGCAGGACUACCCAAUAUCACAGACAGCCUGUAUAGAUCCUGGGUAUAUGGCUACGUGGGGUGUCUCUGCAUCACUUACCUCCAGUACCUGGGGAUCAAUGCUUCUUCUUUUUCCAUUGCUGCCUUCACCAUUGAAAGAUACAUAGCCAUCUGUCACCCAAUCAAAGCUCAAUUCCUAUGCACUUUUUCAAGAGCCAAAAAGAUCAUUAUUUUUGUCUGGGGUUUCACCUCCAUAUACUGUAUGCUCUGGUUUUUCUUGCUAGACCUUAAUACUGUAGUCUACAAAGAGACUACUGUUGUGUCCUGUGGCUACAAAGUGUCCAGGAGCUAUUACUCCCCUAUCUACAUGAUGGACUUUGGUAUAUUUUAUGUUGUGCCAAUGGUAUUGGCAACUGUCCUCUAUGGCCUGAUUGCUAGAAUACUGUUCCUGAACACCAUCCCUUCGGACCCAAAAGAAAGCUCUAAGACGUGGAGGAAUGAUGUGGCUCACCAAAGCAAGCCUGUGAAUUCCAAGAUGCCUAACAGGAGUUUCAAUAGCACUAUUGCUUCUCGAAGGCAG